AUGUUCAACCACGAGCGACCAUCGUACCUGGGACCAUCCUCUGGCGGUCCACCACCACCACCACCUGUUGUUGAGCCCAUUCGCCAGCUCAAGGAGAAACCAUGCAUUGGACAAAUCCUCAAGCCCUGGACGUUAACACGAGUCCAUCGUACUCCGAACUCGGGCGCAGAUUCGGACGUACAUAACAUACCAUUUGAGGCGCCGGAAGACGGUAUCCUUGUGAUAUCGGAUUCAGCGGGCCGCUGCGAGCACUUUGAGGUAUACAUUGAUAAUAAUUGGAUAGGGGAGACUUCUGGAACUGGUGAUCUGGAUUGGUCUACUUGCGGACCUCCAGAUGAAUGCAUGGAGAAACACGGUGGCCAACAUGGGUACUUUGCCCUUCCCAAAGGUAAUUACCAGCUUGGCCUCAAGUGGAGCAAUGUUUCACGUUUAUGUGAUAGUGCUCCGAGUGGAGGGGCGAAUUAUCAAUUUUACCGUGGAUGCUAG